AACACGACUAUGCGACGCUUUCUUCCGGUAGACACGUAGUACAAGGGGAAAGAACAAAUCCGCCGCCGCCGCCGCCCGCCUGCAUCACCACGAACGGACAGCAGCUCUGUUCCCCCGUGUCGCCCAAAUUCUACCCCCAGCCAGCGUCCGCCCCCAGCAAUCUGCAAAAGAUCCACCAAAGAUUGUGGGGAAAGUGGAAGCGGAAUCAGGUUAGUGGGACAAAAUUGGCCAUGGCCCGAAGCAAAAGAGAUUCCCCGGUGGUGGUCGGCUCCGGCGAUCCGGUCGAGGAUGAGGAAGAGAUGGUGGCGGUGGCGACGGAAGUGGAUGAAGAGGAGAAGGGCGAGGAAGGAGAGGAAGAGGAGUGGAAAGAAGAGGAGGAUGACGAGGAGGAGGAGGAGGAGGAGGAGGAGGAGGAGGAAGAGUGGGUACAAGAAGAGGAGGAGGAAGAGGAGGAGGAAGCUGACGAAGCCCCGGCGGAGGAUUCGGUGCAGGCGGCGGCGGCGGAGCAGGGGUCGCCGCCGGUGCUGGCGGAAGGGUAUUACGAGAUCGAGACCAUCCGCCGCCGCCGCUUGCGCAAGGGCCAGCUUCAGUACCUCGUUAAAUGGCGCGGGUGGCCAGAGAGUGCUAACACAUGGGAGCCCUUCGAAAACCUAAAGGCCUGCUCUGAUUUUGUUGAUGCCUUUGAGAAGCGACAGCAAAAUGGGAAGCGCAAACGUAAGGCCAUGACUACUCCGGUAAUAGGUCCUAACCCUUCUCAGGGUAAAAGGGGCCGCCCACGUCGCUCUGAUCCCCGAUCUCUGCCCCGCACCCCUGCCCCAGUACCCAAAAGGUUGCCUCUCAGGACAAGCAGUAGGAGAGCAACUAAUAAUAGUAAUAAGAACUCAGUUGGGGGGCAUGAUGCAUCAGUAAGUGUGGUUGGACAGCAAAUGCUCAGACAAAAUGUGACACGGGAGAGUAAUUCCAAUAUUCUUUCUGUUGGUUCUGCAAGUCAAAGAGCACCUCUAUCUGUUGUUGUUGAUCAACAAGAUGAGCCUCUGGUUGUGAAUCAUGAUUUAUCAAAGGUGGAAAAUUCAGUACAGGCGCCCCCAUCUCAGGCUGGCCAAGUGACUGGUGCCAAGAAGCGCAAGUCUGGAUCUGUGAGGAGGUUCAAGCAGGAUGAAGCAACACGAGAGCAAGGAGAGCUUCAUAAUGGCAAAAGAGAGAAGCCUGGCAACGAGGAUGUCGAUUCUACAGAAGGAGAAACUGGUGAUAGGAACAAGGGGGAGGACUGUGCUAACCGAAUUCAUAUUACUAAGAUCAUCAAACCAGUGCGCUAUUUUGCCACCAUGACCAAUGAUGUGCAGCAAGUUUCAAUAACAUUCAAAGCACUUAGGUCUGAUGGGCAGGAGGUCCUUGUGGAUGAUAAGGAACUGAAAGCUAAUAACCCAUUAGUGCUUAUAAACUACUACGAGCAGCACCUUCGUUACAAUCCCACCUCAUGAAAACGAUGCAUGGAAGCUACUCGGUUCCAGUUGCCUGUACUACGCUAUUCAGAAAUUGUUGAGAUGUAUUUACUAUGUCAUUCAUAUGCUCGAGAAAUUUGUCUUCAGAUAGUAUAGUCUGGUUAUGUCAUCCUUGUGCUUAAUGAAUGAAUAUUUAGUAGAAUGGGAUCCCAACUAAUUGCACCAUAUUAUGUUUAAUACUUUUGAAACCAGAGAGAUAUCAUGUGUAUUAUAUGCUGAUAAGUUAUUGGAGAUUUUUGGUGACUUGCAUCACAGUCGCAGCCACCUGGAAUUUGGUUGAAUUGAUGCAUUUCAGUAGAGCUGAAUAAA